GUUAACCUCCCACACACAAAGAAACUAUGAAACUGGUUCUGCAAUAUUUUCUGUUGCCUCUAGAGUUCAACUGUCAGCUUAACCACAGAAUAGCACACCGCACAUCAUCAUUCUCAAGGAGGUGUUUUUAGUAGAAACAGACGGCUCUGAUCAGCCAGAGAGACAGCAGCUUCAUCAGUGCUUUGUGUUGCCCCCACAGCUCAUGUCUUAAUGAACUGAACUCCACGGUAGCAGAUACAGACAGCUGUGAUCCGCCAGAUAGCAGCAAAAUCAGUGUUUUACACCAACAAAACCUCAGAAGUAUGGACGAAGAGAGAAAGAUGAUGAUGUUUUGUCUGCUUUUAGCAGCUUUUAGCAGCCCUGUGUUUACCGGAGAAUGGAAGGCGAAUGUUGUAAAAGAGCUUGACGCCCUGGUCACAUCCUGUGUUGUGGUACCCUGUUCAUUCACCCAUCCUAAAGGAAACCUGCCCACCACCAAAACCAGAGGGAUCUGGCAUCGUUCAGCUCACCGAGACCAACGCAUCUAUUUCGAGGAUAGCACGCAGGUCUUGGAAAACUUCAGGGGCCGCACACGGUUGUUGGGACAUCUGGGUCAUAACAACUGCACCUUAGAAAUUAUUGAAAUCAAAGAUCAUGACAACGGCCCUUACUGUUUCCGGAUUGAACUAGUUGAGGCUGAGUUAUCCACCACCGACAUGUUCUCCUUUGUGGAGGAUUGUGUCAAGUUCACAAUGCUCCCUGAUCCUCCGAAUCCUACUCUGGUUCACCCAAAGACGGCCAUUCAAGGACGUCCCUACACUGUCACCUGCUCAGUCACCCAUACCUGCCCCUCCCAUGUGCCUAAACUCACAUGGAGCAGGGACACUACAGCUGAUGAGGUGAUUGAGGUCCACAAAGAAAAUCGUUUUGGCUACUGGGAGGCAGAGUCCAUCCUGACGUUCACCCCUGGGAAGGAAGACGACCACAAUGAUGUCACCUGCACAGCACAUUUUAAUGGAGGGAAGACGUCCUCUCAAAUGUUGACUCUCUAUGUAAAACGUUCAGAAAACUACAACCACAUCAUCAUUCCCACAGUGGUGGCGAUCGGUAUGGCCGGGAUCUUUGCAGUCUUCUGCAUUUUAAUGGUGAAAAAAUACAAGAAACGCAUUGCAGAGCUCCAAAGUGGGGAUGGCAGCAUGUGGAACCGGAUGUCCCGGCUGUCUCGCAGGAUUCGUUCUGAUGGCCCAGGACCAUCUCGUUCUGAUCAAAGAAGGUCUAUUUGGAGCCGAUUUUCAAGAAGGCCUAGAGGGGACAUGAUGGAUUUGACUCCUAUGCCCAAAGACGUGAAUUCAAAAUCCUGUGAUGACCAGAAAGUCUUCAAGGCUCGUUUCCCGUCCCCCAAAAGCCAGCGCAAAUCCCAAAACAACCAAGAGGACCUUGAUGACGGUGACGAUUACAUGAACACUGCAGACCUCAACGUCUACGGAAACAUCUGAACGCUCAUAAUGAUCAUUUGUAUAAAGAAAAUCUCAUGACUGCGGUUUUGUUAUACAUGAUUGCUAUGGUAUUCUCUCCUAUCAAGCAAAAUGAUUUAGUUCUGUCUCUGAUGAUUUGAUCAUAUUUAGGGAAAGUAAAAUGUAUUUCGAAUAUAUAUUAUUCAGAACAUUUAUUAUUGAAUGUCUACCAUUAGAAUGACUUCUGCAGAGCAGUAUAUAUGCAACUUUGUUCUGCCAGGGAAUUUGUUUGUUUAGGCAUGAUGUCACCAUUGCUGGGCCUGAAACAUAACCAAAAUGACAUAGAGAUGUUUAAUUAAAUACAGUACCAAAGGCAAUAAAUUAAGAAAAUAAGAAUAAAUGGAAUCGUUUGACAUUUUUGGCAAAUACCCUUGUUCACUUUGUUGCUGAGAGUUAGAUGAGAAGAUCGACACCACACUCAUAGCCGAGAGUGGUGUCGAUCUUUUCUUGGAAAAAAGGUGAAUUGUGUUAUUGUUGUAAAAAAAAAAAAAAAAAGAAGUAUUUCCCCAAAUGUCAAACCAUUUCUUUAAAUAAUUUAAAUACUUAUGCACAUACAUACACUCAUACUGGUGUCUUUGAUAUCUCACGGUCAUUAACACAAUUAGAAGAAAAAAUAUGGCUUUAUAAUGGGACGGGCUGUUUGUAUGGAGAAUCAAGGACAGGAUUUACUG